AGAGCCGCCAAGCGGGCGAGCAAGCAAGUGGGAGCUGGAACCCCGAGCCCACGGCUCCUCUCCAUUUCUCCCCGCGCCAGAGCCAGAGCCGGGCGCGCCAGGAGCUGGGCCCCUUCUCAUCUCUCUCCCUGUCUGUCCUCUCCUCCUCUUCUGCCUUUGCUGCUUCUACCCUCAUCCCUGGAGGCUCGGGUCUGCUGGACCCGUCCACCCACUUUGGGGCCAUGGGGUCCCUGCUUGGGCUCCUGGCACUGCUGCUGUGUGGCGUUGUGGCCGAGGGCCCCACCAAGAAGGUGCUGACCCUGGAGGGGGAUCUGGUGCUGGGGGGGCUGUUUCCGGUGCACCAGAAGGGCGGCCCGGCCGAGGAGUGCGGUCCUAUCAACGAGCACCGCGGCAUCCAGCGCCUGGAGGCCAUGCUUUUUGCCUUGGACCGCAUCAACCGGGACCCGCACCUGCUCCCGGGCGUGCGCCUGGGUGCGCACAUACUGGACAGCUGCUCCAAGGACACCUACGCCCUGGAGCAGGCGCUGGACUUCGUGCGCGCUUCGCUCAGCCGAGGCGCUGACGGCUCGCGCCACAUCUGCCCCGACGGCUCCUAUGCCACCCACGAUGACGCUCCCACCGCCAUCACCGGUGUCAUCGGCGGCUCCUACAGUGACGUCUCCAUUCAGGUGGCCAACCUGCUCCGGCUGUUCCAGAUACCACAGAUCAGCUACGCGUCCACCAGCGCCAAGCUGAGCGACAAGUCCCGCUACGACUACUUUGCCCGCACAGUACCCCCUGACUUCUUCCAGGCCAAGGCCAUGGCCGAGAUUCUCCGCUUCUUCAACUGGACCUAUGUGUCCACCGUGGCCUCUGAGGGUGACUACGGGGAGACGGGCAUCGAAGCCUUUGAGUUAGAGGCCCGCGCCCGCAACAUCUGUGUGGCCACGUCCGAGAAGGUGGGCCGGGCCAUGAGCCCAGCCGCCUUCGAGGGUGUGGUGCGCUCCCUGCUGCAGAAGCCCAGCGCCCGCGUGGCCGUCCUGUUCACCCGGUCCGAGGAUGCCCGCGAGCUCCUGGCUGCUACCCAGCGCCUCAACGCCAGCUUCACCUGGGUGGCCAGCGACGGCUGGGGGGCUCUGGAGAGCGUGGUGGCGGGCAGCGAGGGGGCCGCAGAGGGCGCCAUCACCAUUGAGCUGGCCUCCUACCCCAUCAGCGACUUCGCCUCCUACUUCCGCAGCCUGGACCCCUGGAACAACAGCCGGAACCCCUGGUUCCGCGAGUUCUGGGAGCACAGGUUCCGCUGCAGCUUGCGGCAACGGGACUGCGCGGCCCACUCGCUGCGCGCGGUGCCCUUCGAGCAGGAGUCCAAGAUCAUGUUCGUGGUGAACGCGGUGUACGCCAUGGCCCACGCGCUGCACGGCAUGCACCGCGCCCUCUGCCCCAACGCCACCCGCCUCUGCGACGCCAUGCGGCCCGUCAACGGGCGGCGCCUCUACAAGGACUUCGUGCUCAACGUCAAGUUCGACGCCCCCUUCCGCCCAGCUGACACCCACAGUGAGGUCCGCUUCGACCGCUUCGGGGACGGCAUCGGCCGCUACAACAUCUUCACCUACCUGCGGGCGGGCGGCGGGCGCUAUCGCUACCAGAAGGUGGGCUACUGGGCAGAAGGCCUGACCCUGGACACCAGCCUCAUCCCGUGGGCCUCGGCCUCAGCCGGCCCCCUGCCCGCGUCGCGCUGCAGCGAGCCCUGCCUCCGGAACGAGGUGAAGAGCGUGCAGCCCGGGGAGGUCUGCUGCUGGCUCUGCACCCCCUGCCAGCCCUAUGAGUACCGGCUGGACGAGUUCACCUGCGCCGCCUGCGGCCUGGGCUACUGGCCCAACGCCAGCCUCACCGGCUGCUUCGAGCUGCCGCAGGAGUACAUCCGCUGGGGCGAUGCCUGGGCCGUGGGUCCCGUCAGCAUCGCCUGCCUGGGCGCCCUGGCCACCCUCUUUGUGCUGGGCGUGUUCGUGCGGCACAACGCCACGCCAGUGGUCAAGGCCUCGGGCCGGGAGCUCUGCUACAUCCUACUGGGCGGCGUCUUCCUCUGCUACUGCAUGACCUUCGUCUUCAUUGCCAAGCCCUCCACGGCGGUGUGCACCUUACGGCGCCUGGGUUUGGGCACCGCCUUCUCCGUCUGCUACUCGGCCCUGCUCACCAAGACCAACCGCAUCGCCCGCAUCUUCGGCGGGGCCCGGCAGGGAGCCCAGCGGCCCCGCUUCAUCAGCCCCGCCUCCCAGGUGGCCAUCUGCCUGGCGCUGAUCUCGGGCCAGCUGCUCAUUGUGACCGCCUGGCUGGUGGUGGAGGCGCCCGGCACGGGCAAGGAGACGGCCCCUGAGCGGCGGGAGGUGGUGACGCUGCGCUGCACCCACCGCGACGCCAGCAUGCUGGGCUCGCUGGCCUACAACGUGCUGCUCAUCGCGCUGUGCACGCUCUACGCCUUCAAGACCCGCAAGUGUCCCGAGAACUUCAAUGAGGCCAAGUUCAUCGGCUUCACCAUGUACACCACCUGCAUCAUCUGGUUGGCCUUCCUGCCCAUCUUCUAUGUCACCUCCAGCGACUACCGGGUGCAGACCACCACCAUGUGCGUGUCCGUCAGCCUCAGCGGCUCUGUGGUGCUCGGCUGUCUCUUCGCGCCCAAGCUGCACAUCAUCCUCUUCCAGCCGCAGAAGAACGUGGUCAGCCACCGCGCGCCCACCAGCCGCUUUGGCAGCACCGCAGCCAGGGCCAGCUCCAGCCUCGGCCAAGGGUCUGGCUCCCAGUUUGUCCCCACCGUUUGCAAUGGUCGUGAGGUGGUGGACUCAACAACGUCAUCGCUUUGAGGACCCCACACCGGCCUCGCACCGCUGCUCCCGGGACCUGUGCGACGCGCGUCCGGAGCUGGGAGGAAGUUGGCUGGAGCACUGCAAUAAUGCCAACCCCAUGCCCGCCCCCAGGCCACUUCCCCGCCCACUCACCAACCCUUUGAGUCCGAAGGCGGCGCCUUGGCCUGGAGCCUCUGCAGCCGCCACCAGCUGCCCAGGCCCAGGAGGAAGGGAGCCAGCCAGGGUCCCCUGGGCCUUGGAGCAGGCUGGCUGAGGACGGCGGGCCCCAACCCCAAUCAGCAAAGGUGCUUCCAGCCCUGCCCCUCCCUCCUUCUAGGGUCUUUAAACUUUUUUAUAUGUUAUUCUGGGGUGAUGGGGGGGGGUAUUAUGGGAGCUGUCCCUCCCUCUGCACAGUAGUUUGUCCUGUGGUUUAUUUUGUAUUAUCUGUAAAUAAAGCGUCUUUAUUU